AUGACAGCCUCCUCUGAUGACGAUACUGAUAUAAAUUUGGGGCAGAAUACACGCAUGCACGUAUACGCGUUUACAAUGAGAUUACAGGAUUCUCCAGUUUACGAAACGGAAUCGAAGAACGUGGAAACGAAUGAAGUUUGCUCGAUGUCUUGGCAUCGCAGUUCGCCCUCAAUGCUACUAGUAUUUACAGCCAAUUCAUGGCAGAUAUUUGAGCUAAGCGAUCUGAAUCGUUUGGUGACUUAUUAUUCUGAUGUGCAGAUCUGCGAUGGUAAAUUAUUGUCCGGUGAGCGAGCAGCAGUGUGUCGUGCUGACGGCACUAUCUAUAUCUAUCAGCUUCAUCAUCCGGUGGAUUUAUUAACAAAGCCCACGAUUGGAGCUGUCGGCGAUCCAUCGCUACUGGUAAUUUUGCAGGGCAGCGUGAAUGAGAAUCCAUGGCCAUCGCACACGUUAUUUUGUAUGUUGGAAUUGGAAAAGUACUAUUCGGUAUGCUGCAUCGAUUCGGAGAACUCUAUCAACCUAUGGGAAUUUGAUGAGAUUUCUCGGGAUCAUUCUCAAAACAAAGUGCUACUUCAACAGCCCAAACUGCGAACAAGUAUGGAGGAGCAGUGGCAGAUGAUCAAGCAUUCACCACCACCCAUUUGUGAUUUCAAGCUGAGUUGCCGGCGACUCUGUGGCCACAGAUCCGCUGUGACGUGCUUCCUCUAUCCGCACGAAGAACAUUCGCGAUAUGACCGGCAAGUAUUGGUUUCUGGUGCCAACGACUUCUCUGUUAUAACGUGGAAUCUGAAUACUGGCUCAAUUUUAUAUCGAUUCUGUGUGCAGGGUGGUCCCAUUCUGCGCAUGCUCAUUCCUCCCGAGAACUGCAGCCCAAGAAUACUGCAUACAAUUUGUUCGGUGGCUGGCGACAAUUCUGUGGCUCUUCUUUCUUUGAAAGAAAAGAGAUGCCUUUUAUUGGCAAGUCGUCAACUCUUCCCAAUAGUGGAUAUAAAAUGGCGACCACUGGAUGAUUUCAUGCUACUGAAGUGCGAAGAUGAAUCCGUCUACAUCUGGCAGAUGGAUACCGCAAGUUUGGAAAGGAUAGUAAACGGGCAGGCUUCUGAAGAAAUAUUGUUAGCUUGUGAUGGUGUCACUGAAGUGGACGAUGAAGCCGGUGCCUCGCAGGCCGUUCAAAUGUUUCGCGCUCUGAAAAACAAAAACAUUGCUGCUAUGAAGCAAAUUGCGACAGGUGGCCGUGUCGGGAAAGUUACGAGCACAACAGAGAAGGCUGUUGAGUUGCCGCCUCCGAUGAAUAUUCAGGCAAUCAAUAAAAAACCAGAUUCUCCGCAUUUGGUUUUCUUCAACAUUGAUUCGUUGAUCGCUGGUCUGUUAUCAAUCGAAAAUGAGUUAACGUCGGGCGAAACCAUGGAAAAUAAGUCGCUGUCGACAAUACUGAUGGGCAAGCAGCAGCCGGAGCCUCGCUCGGCGGCGGUCCCAAAAGUUGCUUGGCAGACCGGCUCCAAUCAUUAUUUGGAUGUUGCGAAGCUCUGUAUG